AUGUCUGAAUCUGCUGAUACCGCUUCGGGUGAAAAAGUUUUCGCUGAUAUCAAGGUAGAUUCUCUUGGAGAGGUAAACGAUGGUGAUCUCGAUGCUGGUGCCAAGUACUUGAUCGACCACCCUCAGUAUGCUGAUUAUACUCCUGAAGAAGCUAGGAAGCUUCUUUGGAAAAUCGACUUGAUGUUGAUUCCAAUGAUGACCAUUAUUAUCACCUUGGCUGCUGCCGAUAAAAUCGUCAUUUCAAAUGCUGCCGUCUAUGGUAUGACUGCCGACCUUAAGUUGGUAGGAAACAAAUAUUCUUGGGUCGGUUCAAUUUUUUACUUUGGAUACUUGAUUAUGGAGCUUCCUGCUAACUUGUUAAUUCAAAAGUUGCCUGUUAGGAAAACUUUAUUCACUUCUUUUGUGAUCUGGAAUAUUAUAUUGAUGUGUAUGGGAGCUGCUCAAAACUUUUCUCAAUUGGCUGCCAUGAGAUUCUUAUUGGGUAUGGGAGAGACUUUCUUGUUCCCUUCUUGUUCAGUUAUUACUGCAAUGUUCUACAAGAAGUCUGAGCAACCCUUUAGAACUGCCAUUUGGUUUUCAGGGUUCUCGUCAAUCAUCACCGGAAUUUUAUCUUAUGCAGUGGGACAUGCUAAUACCAAGCUUGCAAACUGGAGAUUGUUGUUCAUCACCUUUGCGUCUAUUACCUUGUUCUUCACGGCUGCUUUGUAUGUUGUGUUGCCGGAUUCUCCAAUGUCUUGCUGGUGGAUGAAUGAUAGAGAAAAAUAUAUUGCUAUUCAUAGAACCAAGGAAAACAGAACUGGUACCAAAAACACAAACUUCAAGAGAUAUCAAAUUAUGGAGGCCCUCAAAGACUGGAAAACUUGGGUUCUUGCAGUGUUUGCCCUUUGUAACAAUAUCUCCAAUGGUGCUUUGGUUACUUUUGCUGGUCAAAUUGUUUCAGGUCUUGGAUAUUCUCCUUUGAGAACCACCUUAUUGGGAAUGCCAACCGGAGUUUUUAUGACUGCCAGUUCGUGGAUGAUUGCCUUGCCAACUUUUUUCUACCCCAAAAAGUUCAGAACCGUUAGUGCUUUCACCAUUUGUUUGGUUCCAUUGAUAUGUUGUGUGUUGAUGAUGAAGUUGGACGGUAAGAUCAGCUUGUUAAUAGCUUACUACUUCUUCUACUUCUACUGGGGUCCUUAUGUGUGUAUGACUGCCAUCUGCUUUGCCAACACUGCUGGCCACACCAAAAAGUCUGUGGUGAACGCUGUGAACUUCACUUCGUACUGUGUGGCCAAUAUUAUUGCACCUCAAUUUUUCAUUAGUAGCGAAGCUCCGGGUUAUAAAACAGGUUACCACGCCAUUUUGGGUUUUACUAGUGGCUCUUUGGUGAGCAUUGCUACCUAUGGCUUUGGAUGCUACAUGGAAAACAAAAAAAGAGAUGAAAAGUACGGUCCUGCUGAGGAUAAUGUCGAUCUCGAUUUGGAUGCGUUAGACUUGACUGACAAAGAAAAGGAAAAAUGGUUCCGUUACGUUUGGUAA